AUGGCAGUGCUGACGGCCGAGAAGGCUGGAUUCUCUGCAGGCGAGUGCCAAGCACGCUUAUCCUCAACGGUUUCGCUAGUCACCUCGUAUGUAACCGCCUCCCUCACGAUGCUGACUUGGGAUCUUCUGGUUAACCUUGACGAUGAGAUCAGUAGCUGUGCCCAAUGCCACUUCCUCACUAACGAACGAUCCUACCUGUUGGUCCAGAUUGAAUACGUCUGGAGAUGGCCGAAGAGCUGGUUCAAGGGGGUUUACUGUUUCAUUCGGUACUUUCCCUUGAUAGGAGAGACAACAUUCUCCUCCUUGAUUCAGUGGUUUCAACAGUACUUUGCGCUCCAGGCUGUAGCAGCGGCAGUCGCGGUCAUCUCGAUCCUCAAGGUGUACAUCCUCUAUGAUCGGAGCAAGUGGCUACUGUUAUUGCUCAUCCACAUCCUCGUGGCGUGUGCAGUAGUCUCUAUUGCAGGCUUCGCAAAGUAUCGGACCUCAUACAUUUUCGACGGAUCAUGUCUAACCACCUUUGAAUCCGACUUUGUGCUCAUUGGCUGGACGCUCCCCGUCACCUUUGAAUCUAUCCUGUUCAUAGUCGUCCUUGUCAAGUUCAUCCAGAAUACCCGUUCGACGCCGUACCUGGCAGGUCAGCCUGUCUUGCUUGUCUUUCUGCGCGAUGGCAUCGCGGCGUUCCUUGCGAUCUUCACUGUGACUUGCGUGACCGUGGCAUCGUCCGUCGCGUUCGUAGAGCUCUCCAGUGGUUUCUUCUUCUGGAAUAUGACAGUCUACUCAAUUGCAGGCUCACAUGUUCUACUGAACCUGCGCGAGAUCGUAACACGGACAACACAUCCGUCGACGAUGGAGACCUUCCAGGAGUCGAUCUCGAUGGAGUUCCAGGUCUUCCAGCCCGGUCGCGAAACGGGAACAAGUGAUUGGACUACAGACGACGAGGAUGCGGCAUUCGACAGCAUGGAGAUGGAGGAUCGGCAGCCAUCGGAUAGCGGACGGGCACUUGAGGUUUGCUAACGAUUUAGACUAACUGUACUGCAUACUAAGAGAUUGCAUCCUGAUGCACGAUAUCGUGAGUGGUGCACACACGUUGUAAUGGUCGUGUAGAGUCUUCUUGCCCAGUGAACACGCUCAAUGACGCAGGAUAGA